AUGGGGGUCUCGGCCGCGGCGGCGGGCUCAGCGUCAAACGACUCCAAUACUCUGGACCCAUUCUAUGGACUUUCGUUUAAAGUGGGAGUAGCAGAAAAUAAAAAUGUGGCGUAUCGGUCCAAGAUGGAAGAUGUCCAUACAUAUAUAGCCAAUUUUGCUGAGCAAGUUGAUUGGGGAUACUUUGCAAUUUUUGAUGGUCACGCGGGGAAAGAGACAGCGAGAUGGUGUGGGAACAAUUUGCAUAAUUUACUUGAAAGUGAAAUAGCCCAAACGUGUUCCAAUGGAGAUCGUCGUUCUAAGGUGUUAAGUGGAGACAUUCAACAAAGUUUCUGUGAGGCCUUUGAAAAGGCUGAUGAAUUGAUAGAAAAGGAAUGUACGGGUUCUUCAGGGUGUACGGCUGCUGUUGCUGUUUUAGUAUGGGAAAGGAAAGAAGACACUGACAUUGAUGAACCAAUGAAAUCCCCGGGUCCUGAAAAGGAAUCAACUCCGAAUGCUAAACAGUUUGAAUUCAUUCCAACAUCAAAUCAUAAAAGAGUGUUAUACACUUCGAACGUUGGAGAUUCUAGAAUUGUCAUAUACCGAGAUAACAAGGCAUAUAGACUUUCAUAUGAUCACAAGGCCACUGAUUUGAACGAGAUAGCUAGAAUAAGAGAUACAGGAGGUCUUAUACUUAAGUCGCGAGUGAAUGGGUUCUUGGCUGUCACCAGAUCUUUAGGAGACUCUUAUAUGAAAGAUUUAGUGGUUGGUAGACCAUUCACAACUUCGUUAGAAAUAUCUCCAACUGAUGAAUUCAUUAUAUUGGCAUGUGAUGGUCUUUGGGAUGUUAUAUCUGAUCAAAAAGCUUGUGAGUUUGUAACUGAGUGUUUUAAGUCAAGCAAAGACCCUCAACGAGCUGCCAGAUUGUUAUGCCAAUUAGCAAUGGAUGAAGCAACUACUGAUAAUGUCACUGUGAUGAUCGUUAGGUUUGACGAAGACGUUUUUCAAUUGGGUAUAUAA